AUGAGCGAUACGGAGCAGGUCGAGGUGAAUAAGAACAAGCGAUUUAGGAAGGAUAAACCGUGGGAUACGGAUGACAUUGAUCAUUGGAAAGUUGACACCUUCGAGGCAGCGGACAACAAAGGCGGUACUUUCCUACAAGAGUCCUCAUUCGCGACGCUCUUCCCCAAAUACCGAGAAAAGUACCUACGUGAAGUCUGGGGCGUAGUGACCACCUCCCUCGAAGCGCAUGGAAUCGCCUGCAUGCUCGACUUGAUCCACGGGUCCAUGUCCGUGCGCACGACACGCAAGACCUUUGACCCCUACAUCAUCUUCAAAGCCCGGGAUAUGAUCAAGCUCCUCGCGCGUGGAGUUGCGGUCGGGCAGGCGGUGAAGAUCCUGGACGACGCUGUGGCGUGCGAUAUUAUCAAGAUUGGGAAUAUCGUUAGGAAUAAGGAGCGGUUCGUCAAGCGGAGACAGAGGAUCAUUGGCCCGGAUGGGAGUACGCUUAAGGCCAUCGAACUCUUAACACAAUGUUACGUCCUCGUGCAAGGAAACACCGUAUCCGUGAUGGGCCCGUACAAGUCGCUUAAGGAAGUCCGACGUAUCGUCAUCGACUGUAUGAACAACAUCCACCCUAUCUACCGGAUAAAGGAGCUCAUGAUCCGACGGGAACUGGCCAAGGACCCUAAGUUGGCGAACGAGAGCUGGGACAGGUUCUUGCCCAAGUUUAGGAAGAGGAACUUGACGAGCGCGGAGAAGAGUGCUAAGAAGCGGGCGAGGGAUGAGGGCGAAGAGGCGCAGAAUGGGGCUCAGGAGGCGUUUCCGAAAGAGGAGGACCAGGCAGAGUCGUCGACUGCUCCUCCGAAAGAGGAGAAGAAAGAGAAGAAGGAAAAGAAGAAGAAGACGUACACUCCUUUUCCGCCUGCGCAGUUGCCGUCCAAAGUGGAUAUUGCGCUCGAGACGGGAGAGUAUUUCCUCAAGAAACACGAGAAGGUGCGGCGGGAGGUGCAGAAACGCGAAGAGGUGCAGCAGGAAGUGGUAAGAAAGAGGAAAAGAGAGAGGGAGGAGGCGUUCGUCGCUCCCAAAGAGGUGGCAGAGGCGUCUGUGGAGGAGAGGAGGAAGAAACGGAAAGUGAAGGAGGCGAAGGAGGUGGAAGGCGAAGAGGGAGGAGAGAAGAAGAAAAAGAAAAAGCAAAACGUUGUAGUAGAGGAGUGA